CACAUAUUAAACACACCUUUGGCCAUGAGGUAUUCACACCAGGGGCUUCGUAGAUCAAAUCCAGCUGGAAGACAGGCUAAGCCAUCCGACAGUACAAAAGUGGAACUCUCAAUACCCCAUCCCAUAUCACCUUCAAGAAGAGCCGCGCGCCAGAGUUCCUCUGGUCGAAGAGCUGGCAAACAAAGAAGGCAAUCAGCUGCACCCAGAGUCACCCAUCGGAGCCGAAAAAGCUCCACCGAAUCGACACGUCCAAAUGCAGAUACAUCUUCGGGACCGGUCGAUCUCUAUAGCUACCCUACCAACAGACUGAUUGCGAUUAAACCCUCCGUACUGAUGACGAUGCAGUUAACCAUCACCUAUCGCUUUCUGAUAGAAUUCAGUAGCUACUCCGUUCAGGCUGUCAGAACAAUGCUAUUGUCUCUCUUCACCUUUGUGUCUCGUUAUUUAGAUGGCAACCACCGAUGCAAAAUAUGCGGUAGUCAUUUUGACCGGCCUACUCAACUGAAGACACAUCUGCUGGAGCACAGCAACGAACGCCCCUACCCCUGUUUUACGUGCAACAUCCGAUUCACCACGAAGUGGAAUUUGAUGAAACAUCAGAAAUGCCGCUCCCAUCGUGUGGUUCAAGCUCGCGUGACUGGACCUGGCGCAGGGGACAGAGCGAAACCAUCCCGAUUCGUGUGA